UUCUACCAGAGGCCUGUGCUGGUGAAAAACACCAUGUUGGCAGAGUUAGUGGAGGAACUGAAGAAGACCGGACUCCAAGCUGCUCCAGCUGAUCACUGCUAUGUCGGACCUGGAGAUGUGGCCUGUGACGUCUGCACUGGGAGGAAGAUGAAAGCCUUCAAGUCCUGUCUGGUUUGUCUGGCCUCGUACUGCGAGCAGCACCUCCAGCCUCACUAUGAAUCUCCUGCUUUUAAAAAGCACAAACUGAUUGAGGCCUCUGCUAAACUUCAGGAGAACAUCUGCUCCCGCCAUGAUGAGGUGAUGAAGAUUUUCUGUCGCACUGAUCAGCAGUGUAUCUGUUAUCUCUGUUUAAUGGAUGAACAUAAAAGCCACGACACAGUCUCAGCUGUAGCAGAAAGAUCUGAGAAACAGAAGCAGCUUAAUGAAAGUCGACAAAAAAUCCAGCAGAAAAUCCAGGACCGAGAGAAAGACGUAAAGGUGCUUCAGCAGGAGGCGAAGGAUAUCAAUUCUUCUGCUGAUAAAGCAGUGGAGGACAGUGAGAAGACAUUCACUGAGUUGAUCAGUCUCAUUGAGAAAAGACGCUCUGAUGUGAAGCAGCAGCUCAGAUCACAGCAGAAAACUGAAAUCAAUCGAGUCAAAGAGCUUCAGAAGAAGCUAGAGGACGAGAUCACUGAGCUGAAGAGGAAAGACGCCGAGCUGGGGCAGCUCUCACGCACAGAAGACGACACCCAGUUUCUUCAAAGUUACCCGUCACUGUCAAAACUUACCGAGUCUACAGACUCACCAAGACCUAAAAACCAUAGCCUUUGGUACUUUAAGGAUGUGAUGGCGGCUGUGACGGCAGUCAGAGAUAAAACGCAGGCGAUUCUUGUGGCGACAUGGCCUCUCGCGACACUCACAACCAGGGCUGAGUUCUUGCAAUAUUCUCGUCAAAUCACCCUGGAUCCAAACACAGCAGGCACAUUCCUGGUUUUAACAGAGGGGAACAGAAAAAUAACAUAUAAUAAAGAAAAUCUGCCAUAUGCUCAACAUUCAGACAGGUUCAUCCACAGAUCUCAGGUCUUGGGUAAAGAUGGACUGACUGGACGUUGUUACUGGGAGGUGGAGAUGAGCGGUAAAGCUGGAGUAGCAGUCGCUUACAAGAGUAUCAGCAGAUCACUGGAUUUGGAAUCACGUGCAUUUAUAUUUGGAAACAGUGAGAAAUCUUGGAUGUUAUGUUGUGACAAUGGUUAUACCUUCAGACAUGACAGCAGCUUUGCACUCAGCAUCUCAGGGCCUAAAUCCUCCAGAAUAGGAGUGUACCUGGAUCACAGCGCAGGUAUUCUGUAUUUCUACAGCGUCUCUAAAACCAUGACUCUCCUCCACAGAGUCCAGACCACAUUCACUGAACCGCUCUAUGCUGGACUUUGGCUUGAUGCUACUGGAGACACUGCAGAGUUUUGUAAGCUGAAGUAG